GUAAUAUUGCUCCUUGCUGUGCAGCAGGAAGUUGACUACAGCCAACAGGAAGGCGAAUAAUGAAAGCACAUCAACGAGGUCCGAGGAAUUGAUACAUUGGAACGAGUUGCCACAUAGCUCCUUGCACUUUUCGCCAAUAACUUCGUUGAAGGCAGCAUAUAGGAAACCAACCAGAGAGUCAAGACGGGCUACAAGAAGCCAUGUCUUCUGCCGUGGAUCUGAAGACGAAGGAGGAGAAGGCGGCUGAGCUGGACAAACGCAUCGAAGCCCUCAGGAAGAAGAAUGAAGCUCUGGUCAAGAGGUACCAGGAGAUAGAGGAGGACAAGAAGAAGGCGGAGCAGGAGGGCAUCGCCGUGACAACCGUCAGAAAGCCCCGCCCCCACGAACCCCACGAGCCGGAAAGAAGGAAGGCGGAGAAGGAGAACUUUUCCAUAACGGUGGACCUGUCCAAACCAGCGGGGGAGAAUAGACAGGUCAACGACCGGAAGCACCUCCCGCCGCGGGGCAGGAAGAGCUCAGAGGAGAGAGACUCCCAAAGGCCCCAGGAUGACUCCCCCAGGGCCCACCAUAAUACCCCCAGGGCCCAUCAUGAUACCCCCCGGCCCCACCAGGACACCCCCCGGCCCCACCAGGACACCCCCCGGCCCCACCAGGACACCCCCCGGCCCCACCAGGACACCCCCCGGCCCCACCAGGACACCCCCCGGCCCCACCAGGACACCCCCAGGCCCCACCAGGACACCCCCAGGCCCCACCAGGACACCCCCAGGCCCCAGCGCGAUGCCGACAGCCCCCCCAGGAGGAUGGGGUCGGGCCGCGUGGGGCGGGGGGGUCAGAGAGGAGGAGGAGGAGGAGGGGGGCAGCGGCCGGAGAGGAGAGAGUGGGAGCCACGCUCCGACAGAACGCCCAGAGAAGGAGACAGCGGGGAGGGGGAGCCGGGCCGCCGGGGAGGGAGGAGAGGAGGAGGUAGAGGAGGAGGAGGAGGAGGAGGUGAACGAGGAGACAGGCCAGAGAGGGGUGAACGAGGAGAGAGGGGAGAAAGAGGAGGUGGGACCCCUGGUGGGUCGGACAGGAAGACCAAGGAGUGGGAGGAGAAGAGGAGGCAGAACAUCGAGCAGAUGAAGGAGGAGAUGGAGAAGCUGGCCGAGUACGAGCGAGGACAGGGGGUGGACGGCGAAAAGCCCGUCCGGAACUUCCUGGACGACCCGCGGCGCUCCGGGCCCGUGCCGGACCUCGACCGCAAGGAGGGGAGCCGGCGCCACGUCCGGAACUGGGGAGGAAUGGACUUUGAGAACGUGAAGAUCGGAGGAGAGCCCCAGAGGGAGUGGACCAGCCGCCGGCAAGGGCCCGGGGGGCGGGGCUCCGGGGACAUGACCAUGUCCAUGACGGGGCGGGAACGUGCUGAGUACGUGCGCUGGAAGAAAGAGCGGGAAUCGAUCGACGAGGAGCGGCUGGCGCGCCACCGCAACGCCACGGGCCAAUGGCGGAGGGAGUGGGACGCACAGAAGACCGACGGCAUGUUCAAGGAGGACGCAUCUGCCCCCACAGAGGGCGACGUGCCAGAGCACGGCGACAGGAGAGACGACAGCCAGCGCCCGCCGAGGGCGCCCAUCGUCGGGGACUUCCUGACCCCUGGCCGGGGGGGCCGCGGGGGCCGGACCCGGGGACGGGACCGAGAUCAGCGGCAGAGCUACAGCAUGCACGACAACCGCUGGGAGGGAGAGCGGGAGGAUGAGGCCCGAGAGAAGAGGGACAAACCCAAGAGAGAGGACGAGGAGGAGAGGAGGGAGGUGAAGGAGGAGGAGAAGAGGCCUAAAGUGGCCCCACCACAGAAGGAAGCCAGGCGGGGCGAGGCGGAGGAAGACGAGGAUGAGUGGGAGGACGCCAGCGAUGGGGAGGACGGCGGCUCGGACGACGACGACGACGAAGGAGGCAGCGAGGAGGGAGACCAGGAGGAGAAGAGGGACGCGGGGAAGGAGGAGACCGCCGCCGCCGCCGCCGCUGCCGCCCCUCCGACUCCUGCCCCCGCCUCGGUGGUGGUGACCAGCCCCAGGGAGCAGCGCACCCCCCGGCCCAAGGUCCAGAUCCCCAGCCCCGCGGCGGCGGCGGCCCAGGACUCUCCCGACGGGGCCAAGCCCCUCAGCCCCUUCGCCCCCCCUGACGGCUACCAGCCCGUGACGGACUGGGGGGACGCGAUGGAGGAGCAGUCCCCCUGCAGCAGCCUGGGAGAGAGCCCGCUGAAGCCCCCCAGCGCCGAGAGCAGCCCCGCCCAGAGCCAGAGCCAGAGCCAGAGCCGGCGCCCCCAGGAGGGGGGCCGCCGGGGCGGGCGGCGCCCACCCACCGACCUCCGGGAGAAGCUGAACGCGGCCGCAGCAGUGCAGUCCUCCUCUCUAGUGCGGACUAAGGUCCAGCCAACAGUCAUUGUAUCAGAAACAGACUCCACUCCCUCAGCAGACCCUCGCCCCGCCCCUUCAGUGGUCGUUUCCUCUGACUCCACCCCCUCAGUGGUCGUUUCCUCAGCUGCCUCUGACUCCGCCCCCUCAGUGGUCGUUUCCUCUGACUCCACCCCCUCAGUGGUCGUUUCCUCAGCUGCCUCUGACUCCACCCCCUCAGUGGUCGUUUCCUCAGCUGCCUCUGACUCCGCCCCCUCAGUGGUCGAUUCCUCUGACUCCGCCCCCUCAGUGGUCGUUUCCUCGGCUGCCUCUGACUCCGCCCCCCCAGUGGUCGAUUCCUCUGACUCCGCCCCCUCAGUGGUCGAUUCCUCUGACUCCGCCCCCUCAGUGGUUGAUUCCUCUGGCUCCGCCCCCUCAGUGGUUGAUUCCUCUGGCUCCACCCCCUCAGUGGUCGAUUCCUCUGACUCCACCCCCUCAGUGGUCGUAUCCUCUGAGUCCGCCCCCUCAGUGGUCGAUUCCUCUGACUCCACCCCCUCAGUGGUCGUUUCCUCAGCUGCCUCUGACUCCGCCCCCUCAGUGGUAGUUUCCUCUGCCCCCUCAGCUGCAUCUGACUCCUCCUCCUCAGUGGUAGUUUCCUCCGCCCCCUCAGCUGCCUCUGACUCCGCCCCCUCAGUGGUCGUUUCCUCAGCUGCCUCUGACUCCGCCCCCUCAGUGGUCGUUUCCUCAGCUGCCUCUGACUCCGCCCCCUCAGUUGUCGUUUCCUCUGACUCAGUCCCCUCAGUGGCCGAUUCCUCUGACUCCACCCCCUCAGUUGUCGUUUCCUCUUACUCCGCCCCCUCAGUGGCCGAUUCCUCUGACUCUGCCCCCUCAGUUGUCGUUUCCUCUUACUCCGCCCCCUCAGUGGCCGAUUCCUCUGACUCCGCCCCCUCAGUGGCCGAUUCCUCUGACUCUGCCCCCUCAGUUGUCGUUUCCUCUUACUCCGCCCCCUCAGUGGCCGAUUCCUCUGACUCUGCCCCCUCAGUUGUCGUUUCCUCUUACUCCGCCCCCUCAGUGGCCGAUUCCUCUGACUCUGCCCCCUCAGUUGUCGUUUCCUCUUACUCCGCCCCCUCAGUGGCCGAUUCCUCUGACUCUGCCCCCUCAGUUGUCGUUUCCUCUGACUCUGCCCCCUCAGUUGUCGUUUCCUCUGACUCCGCCCCCUCAGUGGCCGAUUCCUCUGACUACACCCCCUCAGUGGUCGUGUCCUCUGAGUCCUCCCCCUCAGUGGUCGCUUCCUCGGCCCCUUCAGCUGCAUCUAACUCCGCCCCCUCAGUUGUCGUUUCCCCUGACUCCACCCCCUCAACAGCCCCUUCUGUGGUGCCUCAACCUGACGCCUCCGAUGAUUCUGACUCCUCCAACUAUGAGAGCGACUUCUCUUCAACAUCAUCUGACCCCGCCCCCUCUGAGGUGUCUGACCCCGCCCCCUCUGAGGUGUCUGAGCCCGCCCCCUCUGAGGUGUCUGCCCCCGCCCCCUCUGAGGUGUCUGCCCCCGCCCCCUUUGAGGUGUCUGACCCCGCCCCCUCUGAGGUGUCUGACCCCGCCCCCUCUGAGGUGUCUGACCCCGCCCCCUCUGAGGUUCCUGACCCCGCCCCCUCUACAGUAUCUGCCACUGACAUGGAGGUAGCGGUUGUGGAGCAGGAUGCACCUGCUACACCUCCACUGGCAGGAGAGACCACAGACCUCCCAGCGCUGACUGACGCCGCCACCACCGAGCCAGCAGGGGGCGACCAGGACGCACCUGAACCCUCCGUCAUCGUGUCCUCAGGCUGAGGUUCCCGGGGGACCCCCAAAGACACCCUGCUAAGGUUCCAAAGGAGAGAGUGAUGGAGAGCGGAGAGGAGGAAGGUUGGCCCGCAGCAGAGUGACGCUCAUGGACUCGUAGCAUACUGAUCAUACUGAUCCCGGCAGGUCAAGGGACUGGAAGGGGUCACCAUCAUCAAUGUCACUACCAUGAUGUCACUACCACACUGACAUCACCACAAUGUCACUACCAUGAAGGGGGCCCUGUUGAGUGACAUCAUGGACCAAACUCUACUUUGACUGUGCUGUCUCCCCCCAUUAUGCCCUCAUUUUUUUCCUCUUGAGUUGUGUUUAGGCAACACUAGCCGGUGGAAGACACUGAAGCCUUUCUUUUUUAAUCUAUAUAUUUUGGAAAGCUUUCAUCAUCCUCCGCAUCCAGGAGAAAACGACUUUUAUCUCCCCAUAUCUGCAAACGAACGGCGUGGGUAGUGGUGUGUAUUUGCUUUGUUCUGGCCGCACACUACUGCAGUAACGGCCGCACGGGAAGUGACUGAAGUCCUAGGAAUUAAGUCGCCUAAUUGGCUCUUUGAGGCUGAAAGACGCCCAAACAUUUUUUUAAGUCUUCGCUUGGUUUUAAUGAGUUUAAUGAGUUUAUAAAAUACCAAAUGUCAGUUAAUUUUUAACAAGAGCUCUCUCUCUCUAUUGAUGAAUAAUUGUCCCCACAUGUGCUGAAUGUGUGCAUUGGUGUGUUCCCAGAUUAUGAAAUAUGUUAUGUUGCUAUAUGUGGGUGAAAGAAAUUGAACACGGGUUUGGAGGGCAAAACAACUGAAUUUGGCGCUGUUACCCCUCAUAAAUAUUUAUCUUCAGUUUUUGUCUGAAGCAACUCUAAACAGAUUGGAGUUAUGGGUCAAUCAUGAAGACUCUAGACUGCUGCUGUCAAUGGGCCUCAGUCAACCGGCAGCCAUCUUGGUUCCAAAACGCUAGCAGGGUAUUCGAACGGAACACGGAAUUCUGCGUUCAGUUCCAUCACUACAAGUGUUUAGAACAAGAUAACCGCCAGGUGAAGGGGGGCCAACAAACCUGUGUUUGCGGGAAUGGAUUUUUAUUUAAACUAAACAAUCAUGCAUCAACCAGGUCAAGAAUUUAUCCAUUUUUAAACUUUGUCGUUUGCUUUACGGUCUGCUAUACUGAGAAAAUCCUUCUCAUGUGGAGAAUAUGAAAUAUUUUUUAGCCAGGGGAGGCAAUUUAUUUAGAAGCAUUUUUUUGGUCUAAUCAAGUUUACUGAUUUUUACAAAUUGCCUCCCCUAGCUUUAAGUGCUGUGUGAAUAUACGGCUAUUCUUACGUACUGACAGGUGACAGUGGUUGAAACCUGACUUGACCUCAGCAUACUACAAAGUGCUUUAAGAUGAUACUUUUUUACUACAUUUUAAUAGGUCUAGCUUUUAUUUUUAAUGAGGGUCCUGUGUUGAAAUCGCAUGAAGACACUGUUUUGAAAGAUGGAAAAUCGAUCAUGUUCUAUUUGCUGUAAAGAUGAAGUGGGUGAUGUCAUUAAGACAAGAUGUGACAUUGUGUCAACAUUAAUGAACAUUCCACGCUUUAUUUGUGGCAUGAUGGAGCAGAUGAUGAAAGGACCUUUCAGUGCUCUUAAUUUGGUGGCCAUUUUUUAUUUCUUAGCUGUUAAGACUGGGUGAUUGUAUUUGAAGUCAUCUGCAUUUCAAUGUAACAUCAGAUUAUAAAUGUCUUCUUAUUGGAUCCUGCAAUUAAUUACAUUUUUGAUGAUUGGGUUUCAAAGGAAUGGAUGUUGAAAGUUUUACUCUUUUUUUUUUUGUUGCCUCUUGGAGCUGUCUGAUGUGCAAGCUUAUCCAUUUUAUGUAUAGAAGAUCACUGCUUGUACUGUUUAAAUUCAAUUAUCCAAUAAAAUGAUUGCUUUGGA